UUGGUAAACGAGAAGAGAGAGAAGAGCGCGGGCUCUUGUAAAAUUAGGCGGGAAAGAUUAAGGUUACUUGUUGAAAGGGGGAUCAAUAGAAAACCCUAAACCGCCAUUAACGAAGCUGGAGCAAACACCUUCUCUCUCUCUCUCUCUCUCUCUCUGCUAUUUCUUUUCCUGAUUGUUUCUCCCAUCUUUUUAGGGUUUAUUUUUAUUAACAAAAAUAAGAAUUUGAUAAUUUUGUGAAGUUUUUUGUUAGUUCAUUUCGACAAAUUUGUCGAUUUUUUAUUUUCAAAAGAAAGAAAAAGUUUCAUAAAUAGUUUGAUCGAAAAAAGAAGUUGCUUUGUUUUCUCGGGAAAAUGGAGACAAAUUCAUGGAGCUUUCGAUUCUCCAAUUCUUCUUCUUCUUCUUCUUCGUCUUCGUCUUCGUCAAGGCGUCGCCAAUCUCGAUCCGAUCUGUUUCUGGGAGGAGGGUAUGAGGAAAUUGACGGAAACGAUGAUUUCAAGGCGCAGUUUUUAUGUCCGUUUUGUGCUGAGGAUUUCGACAUUGUUGGACUCUGUUGCCACAUCGAUGAAGAACAUCCUGUUGAAGCCAAAAACGGGGUGUGCCCUGUUUGCGUGAAGAGAAUCGGAAUCGAUAUCGUCAGCCACAUUACCAUGCAACAUGGGAAUUUUCUUAAGGUGCGACGCAGGCGGAGAUUACACAAGGGUGGAUCCAAUUUGACGUUCUCUAUGUUGAGAAAAGAAAUGCGAGAAGGAAAUUUGCAGGCUCUUCUUGGCGGAUCUUCAUUUGUUUCUUCCUCCAACGUUGAAGCCGAUCCUUUAUUGUCUUCAUUUAUGUUUAGUCCUCCAACAGGUGAAGAGACCUCAAGCUUGAAACCUCUUUCUGUUGCUGAAGCAAGUGCAGUAAAGGAAAGCGGAAAUAAAGAAUCUCCGGAAAGAAAGCCUCAACAUGCCCAAUUAUCGGACAAGGAUCACGAGGAGAAGGCUAGAAGGUGUGAGUUCAUUCAAGGGCUGUUGAUGUCUACUAUUCUUGAUGAUAAUUUAUAAGUUAAUUGGGGUGCAUUUGUAGUGGUUAUUCCAAUACAAUGUUAGGUCUGAGAGAGUGUAAAGCAUAAAGAAGACCUUCACCCUACCUUAGAAACGGUAUCCGGUUUGAUCAUCUGAACUUUAUUCUCCUAAUGUAUUUAGAGCUUUUGUGCAUAAUGAAAAGAUGGAAGAACUUUAUCUUAUAUCUAUGCUU